GGGACACUCCGGGGACACCCCCGCGUUUAUCGCGACAGCGGCGACAGCGACAGCGACAGCGGCGACAUGGCCGGGCUGGGGCUCGGAGCGGGGCUGCGGCUGCUGCGGCGGAUCCCGCCCGGAUUUGGGGGGUCCCGGCUGCAGAGCACGCACGAGGCGCAGGCCGUGCUCCCCAAAACUGGGACCACCACGGCCACGGCAGCCCCCCCAAAAGCCCAGAGCAGCCUCGAGGAAUCCAAAUCCUUCGCUGUGGGGAUGUUUUUGGGGCGCCUGAACACCGAGCAGGUGUUCCCCUACCCCUCAGUCCUGACCGAGGAACAAGAACAAACCCUGCAGGAGCUCGUGGGUCCCCUCAGCCGCUUCUUUGAGGAGGUGAACAACCCCGCCAAGAACGACGCCCUGGAGAAGGUGGAGGACGAGACCAUGAAAGGGUUAAAGGAGCUGGGGGCCUUCGGGCUCCAGGUGCCCCCCGAAUUUGGGGGGCUGGGGCUCAACAACACCCAGUACGCGCGGCUGGUGCAGAUCGUGGGCCAGCACGACCUGGGCGUGGGGAUCACGCUGGGGGCGCACCAGUCCAUCGGCUUCAAGGGGCUGCUGCUCUACGGGACCCCCCCCCAGAAGGAGAAGUACCUGCCCCGCCUGGCCACAGGGGAGUGGGUGGCAGCUUUCUGCCUGACGGAGCCCGGCAGCGGCUCCGACGCCGCCUCCAUCCGGACCCGGGCCACGCCCAGCCCCUGUGGAACCUUCUGGACCCUGGAGGGGGAGAAGAUCUGGAUCAGCUACGCGGCGCGCAAGAGCUGCCAGCUGGCCCUGAACCGGCUGGACUACGCCCGGCGGCGCCUGGCCGAGCUGGCCCGCGCCUGCGAGCUCAUGCUGGAGCAGUGA